GCCCCGAGGAGCCGCGCUCCGUGCGCUGAGGCCGCGUGGGCCGCGAUCGGAGCGCGGCGGGGAAGCGGCCCGGGGCCGGGGCCUGGGACUCGGGCCUGCGGCCUCCCCUCGCCGUGCAGAGCGGCUCUUCUCUCGGGGUCCCGGUUCGGGACCGGCAGAGCGGCCAUCUCUUCGGCGGGACGGGAAGGUGCCGGGACCGCGCUGUGGUGGGAGCAGUGCAAGAGGUGAUCCCAAACCCGAUGGCCGAGCGCGUUCCUUUUGGCCGAACGGCGGAUCCGCGUCUGUUCUGUAUCCGUGGGACAAGAAGAUGGCUGGGUCGACCUUCCGAGGACUGUGAGGGGUGUUUGUUUCUUUAGGACAAGUUCCCUUCACUGGAAGCUUACGGUAGUCCCAAUGCCUUGCAGGCACUGUUUGUUCUUCCUUCAGGCCUUACCAUCCCCCUGGGAGCUGAAGGAACUGGGACAGGCUCUAGUGAAACUUGUGCCUUUCACCUGUGAUCAUCCCUGACAUAUUACCUGCAGGAGAGCAAGAAAUGGCCGCAGUACAUCCAUCUCAGCCUCCAAACCCGUGGUGAAUUCCCUGCUUGAGGAAGGGGAAGGGUCCUGGAUCCCAGGUGUGCCUGGCCUGGAGGACGUGGCGGGAGACCUCAGCCCAGUGUGUUAUUUCUGGAUCACCUCUGUCAUCCAGCUGGUGAUAGGAUGACAACUACAGAGGAGGUGCUGCAGAAGUGCGAUGUGACUGAAUGGCAGUGGGGCAGUGCCUCGGUGGGAAAAGCCAGAAGGGAUGUCCCAGGGGGCCUGGAGCAAGGAGAGCACUUGAAGAAGCAUCAGGGAAACCCUCCGGGAGAGACUGUGAGGAACCCCCUGGACUUCAGCACAGGUCAAAAGCAGCCUGAAGACGCAAGGAGCAAGGAAGUGUGCCAGGAGGAAAGACAGAACCCAAGUGAUGAGUGUGCGAACAGCCUUAAAAGGAAUUCCGGCCUUGUUAACUGCCAGCGUACCCACAUAGCAGACAUACGGUUUAAAUGCCUUGAGUGUGAAAAGAGGAACGUAAAAAGUUGCAACUUGCUCAUGCGCCAGCAGGACCACACGGGAGAGAGACCCUUUAAGUGUCCUGAGUGUGGGAAGAGCUUCAGAAGCAGUUCGAACCUCCUCCGCCACCAGCGCAUCCACACGGGAGAGAGACCUUUUAAGUGCUCUGAGUGUGGGAAGAGCUUCAGAAGCAGCUCCGACCUCAUUGUCCACCAUCGCAUCCACACGGGGGAGAGACCUUUUAAGUGUCCAGAGUGUGCAAAGAGCUUCAAAAGCAAUUCUCACCUCACCUCCCACCAGCGCAUCCAUACAGGAGAGAGACCCUUUAAGUGCCAAGAAUGUGAGAAGAGCUUCAAAUGCAGUUCCCACCUCAUCCACCACCAGCACGUCCACACAGGAGAGAGACCCUUUAAGUGCCCUGAGUGUGGGAAGAGCUUCAGUAGCAGUUCGAAUCUCAGUGACCACCAGCGCAUCCACACAGGGGAGAGACGCUUUAAGUGCCCGGAGUGUGGGAAGAGGUUCAGCAGCAGUUCCAACGUGAUUAUCCACCAGCGCAUCCACACAGGAGAGAGACCCUUCAAGUGCCCUCAGUGCGGGAAGAGCUUCAAAAGCAGUUCCACCCUCAUCAACCACCAGCGCAUCCACACGGAGGAGAGACCCUUCCAGUGCCCUGAGUGUGGGAAGAGCUUCAAGAGCAGUUCUGACCUCAUUGUCCACCUGCGCGUCCACACAGGAUAUAAACCAUACAAGUGCCCAGAGUGUGGGAAGAGCUUCAAAAGAAGUUCUGAAUUGAAGUGCCACCAGCGUAUCCACACGGAGGAGAGACCCUUUGAGUGCUCUGAGUGUGGGAAGAGCUUCAGCAGCAGUUCCAGCUUCAGCUACCAUCAGCGCGUCCACACAGGAGAGAGACCCUACCAGUGCUGUGAGUGUGGGAAGAGCUUCAAAACCUCUUCCUACCUGAUUGUCCACCAGCGAAUCCACACAGGAGAGAGACCCUACCAGUGCUGUGAGUGUGGGAAGAGCUUUAGCAGCAGUUCUAAACUCAACUCCCACAAGCACAUCCACAGAGGAGACAGUCCACAAUAGUGCCCCGAGUUUGUGCGGAGCGUCACUUUCAGUUCCUGCCUCCUUCGCUACCCGCACACCCUCGCAGGAGACAGAGCCUGCGAGUGCCCCAGAGAGCGUACUCCUUCCCCUGACGGGUAAUGUGGUGCAGCCGGCAGGGAGCGCUCCCUGGAAACAAGAUGUGUUCCAGCGUGUGUUAACUGCGAGCUACGCUGUGAGCCCAGCAGGGAAGGGUGCGUGUGGCUGAGAGCAGGGAAAUACAAACCCUGUCCGUGUUUGGGUACCCGACCUCGGUUGCAGGACAGAUCCAACCCCUCCUGUUCAUCUCCUUACUCUGGUUAUCACUGAUGAAAAUUCCCUUUUGGAGAAUUGCUGUUUGGUGGCAUCUCACUGCUGCUACCAAGUCAAGUUACAACAGCUGUAACACAGGGUGCUGGUCACUUUUUAAGAGCCAUCUCUUAAGAGCACCGGAGAAGGCAUUUUCAAUCAGUUGGGAGUCAGGAAGCAGGGCCGAAGUCCAGCUCAUCUGAGCAGCUUUUCUUCCUGAGUUUAGGUGGAAAGGCAGGUGAAUGGACACUGGCAGCCAGAUCAGGCCACAUGGGGGAGCUACAGAAAUGCUGUCUGCCAUUCUGAGGGGAGCGUCGAUGCUGUCAAAGCUCAGUUGAGCUGAAGCUGGCCAGUAACGUGGGGGACAAUUGAAACGUUUUUCGUGUGACCAGCAAAAGGAGGACCAUAGAUGACAUCGCUUACUUACUGGAUGAGGUUGAUCACCUCAUAAAUCGGGACAUAGAACAAGCAGAGUCACACAGUGCACUAUUUUUUCACGUCUGUCUUGAACACUGGAGAUGGGUGGUGGGACGCCUGGAGCUCUGGGUUCAUGCCCAUGACUGCACUGAUGAUAAACUCCCAGUGGGCUGUGGACGUGGGUGGGAUUUGCUGCUCCAGUUGCAUGCGUGUAGAUCUAUGGCCCAUGGGGUUUAUCCAGGGACCUUGGGAAUUGCAAGAUGUCCCAGCUGACUGGAAGCUGGCAAACAUCUGAGUUUCCAGGCAGGACAAGAAGGAAGACCUUGUCAAUUCCAGGCCUGCCAGUCUCCCUUUGGUGCCUGGCAUUUCUAUAGAGAGAUAUAUAUUUGUCCUGAUGAUUAUCCUUUUCCUUUCCUCUGUCUUAGUAAAUAUUUUUCUCUCAAC